AUGCUGGCGGCCAUGGGCACAACCCUCGCGGCCUUCUCUUCAACGGCCCAAGCCGCGACUUCAGCUGCGGAAGCGUUGGCCAUGGCUCAGAAACUAUACCCGGAAUGCGCACUCGUCUGUCUCACCAAGCUUGUCCCGACGUCGGGUUGCCAGCUCACGGACACUGCGUGUCUUUGCACCAACGAGGAGCUCAAUGCCAAUCUCUCCGUCUGCGUGUUGCAGGGAUGCAACUACGAGGAUGCCCUCAAAACUAAGAAUGGCUCGGCGACUAUGUGCGGGCUUCCUGUCCGAGAUGACACGAUGAAGCCUCCUCUCGUUGCCGGUGUAGGAUUCGGUAUAGCUCUCAUCGUUUACAUACUCCGUAUGUGUUCUGCUCUGCCUGGAUGCAACAGAGAACUCAGCUGGGAUGACUGGACCAUCACCGCUUGCGUUCUUCUCACGAUCCCGCCGACCGUCUUUGCUUUCACACUUUCUGCAAACGGGCUAGGAAAAGACAUCUGGACUCUGCCGCUCAAGAACGUUGAGAAUGUAUUGUUUUUCUAUUUCCUUGGCGAGCUCUUCUACUUCCUCGCACAGGCAAUGAAUAAGGUCUCCAUCCUCCUCUUCCUCCACCGCAUCUUCCAGCACAACAGCCUCGGCAAGGCCAUCUGGGUCACAAUCGGCCUCACCCUGGCCUACGCCGCCGCCUUCUUCUUCGCCACGCUCUUCCAGUGCUGGCCCAUCAACCACGCCUGGUUACAGCUCGAGUCGGACCACCUGGGCCGCUGCAACAACAUCCAUCUACAGGGGUGGUUGAGCGCGGCCUUCAACAUCGUGCUGGAUAUCGUCAUCCUGGCACUCCCCUUGCACCAGCUUUACCAGCUGCAGAUGCCUCUAAAGAAGAAGCUCAUGGUCAUGGUCGUAUUCUCCAUGGGAAUCUUCGUCACCCUCGCCAGCGUAAUCCGCCUCCGCACCCUCGUCGUCUUUGCAAACUCGACAAACAUCACGUAUGACUAUGUCGACGCGGCCUAUUGGAGCACAAUCGAGCUCUACGCAGGCAUCAUCACGGCCUCCCUUCCCGCCGUCUACAAGUUCCUCUCCAGCGCCCUGUCCCAGAACGCCGCCUGGUCGGCCGUCAAGUCCAAGCUGUCUGGCGCGUCGUCGAGCUCGGGGGGUACUGGCAACUCGCACUCGGCGGUGGCGACUGGGUCCAGUGGUUUGAAUCGACGGCUUACGCCAAAGAGGUCCGAGGCUGAGUUUGUGCUUUUGACGGAUGUGGAGAGUGGGAAGAGUCAGAGGUGGGACUAG